AUGUCUGUAUUAUUCCGAAGAUUAUCCGAUGAUUUUGUCGAAGAUCGUUGCCUUGAUGUCAUAAUUCAUUCAAUGAAAUCCGAAGACACAUCUCUACAAUCAUCUGCAAUUCGAGGAAUUCCAAACGUCGCUGAAUAUCUACCCGUCAAAUUUAUUGUCAAAAAACUGCUGCCUGCUAUUAUGUGCCUGCCCCCAUUUUUACAUGAUAAUGUUCCGCGGCAGCUGGAUUUGUUGGCAAGUUUGGCGAGUUUAUCCGAUCGAUGUGAUGCGGUUAAUUUGAUACAAUUAUUGCAAUGUGUUUCGUUGUGUUCGGCUCAACAUCCAGUUAUUAUUCAUGCUAAAAGUCGUGAGUUUUUUAGUUUUUUUUUUUGAAAAUUCAAAAAAUCUCAAUAUUUUCCAGGAAUCGUUCAACGAAUCGUGACUCGGGAUCCUGUAAGAAUGCGAGAUGCUCAACAAGUUUGUGUACAUCUUCUGAAUCCUCUGGUGAUUGGAUUAGCAUGCAAAGAUUUAAGGUAACCUGGGGAAUUAUUUUCAGUGGAAUUAGAAUCUAAAAAUGAGUAAAAUUCUAAAUUUUCAAAAAAAAAAAUUCAAUUUAAUUUUUCCCGUGACACACAUUUUUCCUAACCCAAAAAAUUAAUUCCUCGUUUUUUUGCAGUAGUGCUCAUUUCGAUGAUGUUUUGAGCAGUGUUCGAAUACUUUUGGAUAUUGUUGAACAACGGAGAUAUGAACACGAUGAUCGACAAAUGCAACAGCAACAGCAUCUUGGUCUAGGGUGAGUUUUACCAACUUUUUGUACCUUGCUACGUGGAUUUUUAAUUUUUGCAAAUAAUUUGGAGCGUUUCAAAAACUUAAAAAUAUUGAAGAAUAGGUUCUAAACUUUUUCUUAAUUUGAUCUACACUAACUCCCCUAAAAUGUGGAGGUACCGUAACCCAAAAACAUUUUUUGCAGAAGACUCGGAAAUCGACGUGUCUCAAUGUCGUCCACAAAUUUGCCACGUGUUAUGAUAAGCGCCGCGCGUCCUUCAUUUUCAUCAGAUUCGAGAAAAAUGUCAUUUUUAUCGGCCGAUGGAAGAUUGGAAGAUCGAGGUGGAAAUCGACGAGAAUCAAGAGAUUCAAGAGGUUCACUCGAAUCUGAUAUGUCAAUUCGAAUCGGAAAUGGAAGUGAUGUUUCGGAUGACUCAUGUUAUUCAAAUCAUUCAGCGAGAGGAAGAAGACAAUCUUGGUUGGAUGGAUAUGGACAUUCUGUUAGUUUGGAACAGAAUACAAAUGGAUGUUUGGAUACUAGAAAUGCUGGAAUUGGGAUUAAAGAAGGUGUUGUUGUUGGCGGAGGAACUAUUCAAGGGUAUGUGCAUUUUGUUUAGAAUUUUUGAGAUCUUCGAGCAAUACUGUAGCUAUGGGAUACUGUGUGAUCCUUGAUACUACAGUAACUUAUAUAGAUUCUAAACCUUUCAGUGCCAAAAAGUUAUCUACAGUAGUUUUUACUGCUAAUUUAUAAGAUCAAUAUUUUUUCAAGUUAACAAAAACUCUUAUAAAAAAGUUCUGGAGAGAUUAAUCCAAGCUAAAAGUUCUGAAACCCUUUAAAUUAUUUUCACAAACCAAAUUCACUAGAUCCUAAGAUCCUAUAUUUUUUGCAGUUUCAAACAACGAACCGCCCGAACAUCCGAACGCCGUGCUCGAACUCGCUCACCAAAUCUAGAUUGUGAACCCCCGGCUCGUCCAAACUCAUUCACAAAUCUCGGUCACAAUCUUGUUCUAACCUAUCGAAAUCUUCUCAACAAAGAACAUUAG